UACACUCAACAAUUCCGUUCACUUUGUGUAAAAGUAAUCCAUACUGACAGAAGUUGUUUCAUAUUAAAUAUUAUUUAUUUUCUUUACCUUCACCUAUCCCUCUAGUCUGGCUGACCGUUGGGUCACUUACUGCAGAUUUUGCAACCAGCUUCUGUUUCUCCCCUGUUGGUUCUCAGCCUUCCAGCGUCGCGGUCAGUCCUCUCUUUGCUUUUAUCUACUUCCAUCUGUCGACCUGUUUAAUUGUCUCCUUACCUUUGUGCUACAUGUGUACUCUAGGAGUUAAAAGUGACAUUCUAUUGUACUCCAAAAUUGAAAUAAUUUGAAUGUAUGUCUGUUUAUCUAUUCAUCGACACAUCUCUAGGCCUAUGUACCAAGCAUCUAAACAUCUGCUACCAUGAAUCAGUCUAUCUUUCGUAUUUAUAAUCUACUUAUUGAUGAAUAAAAAGAGCAGGUUUUAAAGUUUUAUUUAUCGCAGCGGCUAUGUUCACGGCGCCCUGAAUAUUGUUUGCAAUUUAAGAAUGAUCUUGCUUACUUCACCCCCUACCUUUGUCCCUUUUUCUUUUUUUUUCUUUUCUUAACCCAUUCCCACCCCUCUUCCCGCUUUGGCCUUCUUUUACUUUCAUUCUCCCUUGUUUCUUUGAACGACUUUUAUUUUCAAUUUGUUGAGCGUUGCCGCACACGGGAAGAGGAUCGAAAUUCGAAGUCGUGUUCCGCGCGCUGAGCAAGCGAGGCCUUAAUGUCGACUGAGGCUGUCUUGCUGUGCCCGCCUUAACCUCCGUAAACUCCUUUGCAUUCGGACCACUGCAGCCUUAGCCUGUAUCUUUUUUCACGAGUAUUCCUGUGCUGUUUCCUCAUUCACUUUGAGUAACCGUAGCAUUUCUGCCGUGCCUCUGUGCAAAUGGUGGAUGAUUCAGGUGCCAUGAACGAAGGCGUAACCACUGUGUUUAUUUAUACUGGCCAUAUUUUGAUUGCUUUUACUCACCUUCCCAGAUCUCCACCUAAUAUUCACAAACAUAAAUGCAAUUUAAAAAAUACACGUAAUUAAUAUAAAAUAUAUUAUGUAGAUAAUAAUAUGUGUAUCAGCAUAAUCUGAGGCAAACAAAAAAACAUUAUUAUGAUCCUUUCGGUUCCACAUUAGGAACGGAAUCACGUCAUCGGAAGUAGUUUCUCUCAAAUCGGAAAUUUCCAGUUCAUCCUACUUUCAUUCGUUUGGCACGGAAACGAGAGAAGGAAGGGAACAUUUUAUUGCCAGGCAUCAUGUCCAAUACAAAGAGAAAGGAAAACUAUUCUGAACAAGAGAUACGAACUUUGAUUGCAGAAGUUCGUAGAAACAGAGAUAUUUUAUUUGGAGCCUUGAGUAGUGGAGUUUCGGUUCGUACGAAAGCUCAAGCGUGGUUUGAUAUCACCCAAAAGGUGAAUUCUAUUGCAGAGUGCUACAGGACGCCAGAGGAGCUAAAGAAAAAGUGGAGAAAAUUAGCAGCCCAGGCUCGUAGCGAUCUGAAAGAGAGGCUGCAACCUUCAGCCGAUGGGGUUUCACCCAAGAGGGAGGGGAAGUACACAGUGGUGGUGCUACAUAUUCUAGGAUUAGACGAUGUGAAGAUUACUACAACUGAUGUUGAGGAGACAAAUCAUAACAGCGACAGUAUUGAUAGUUCAAUGAAUGACAGACUGGAGCUUAAUGAUUCUCAAUGUGACGCCAUGGAUAUCGAUCACCUGGGUCUGUUGAUUCAGGCGUCUACUGGAAACUCAUCGCUGUCUAGCGCAGAGUCAACGUCAUUACCCGACACUCGGACCCCCGGUAGGACGUCACGGAAGAGAAAACCGUUUGAGGAAGAGUCCAUGAAAGCCUUGUGGAGAAAGUACCUGAAAACAACGACCGAGGCGGCAGAGUACAAAAUACAGAGGGAGAAACUGAAGAUAAAGGUUCUUGAGAAGCAGCUUGAGCGACUGGAAAAAAUGUAGAUUCUAAAAAGUAAAAGAGCAUAUGGACGGAAUUUUGAUAUUUUUAGGUCUGUUGAAAGUGCACAUUGUGAAUGUGUUUUUAGUUUCUUUCUCUUGUCUUAUUGUGUCAGGUUUAUGUUUAUAAUGGAGUACACCAGCUUGUGUUUGGUUCAGCUCAGUGCUUGUGUGCUGCAUUUGUAAAUAGGGUGAAAUCGAUAAAUAAUUUUUUCUAAAAUUUGUAAGUCGUUCAUGGUGAAAUAUAUUCUAUUUUGCAAUCUGAAAACACAUUUUUUUUGCUUUUACAUCUUGUUUGGGGGUAAUCUUGAGGAAAAACCCUUCUAGUAGUAGUUUUCUGAAUGUAAGCUGGCCUUGAAAAUAGAAUAAUUACUGAACUGAGAAUAUUUUUUCAGUAGAUGAGAUUUUCCUAGACAGUUUUAGAAACUUUUGUUUGCUACAUAUUUUGGAGAGAUAUGAUACUGACAUUUCUUUCGAAAUAGCAAUGUGUGGUAAAUAUAUCAGUAGCUAGAUUUUUAAAGUCCACAUAUUUUUAAUGUUUCAGGGAAAACAAAUGUGGGUGUGAAUUGAAAUGUAAUUAACAAGUUACCUUUAUUGAUAUUAUCAUUGCCAAUAUUGUUCAUCUACCUUUUAAUGCUACAGAAGUAUUGUUUUAAGAAUUUUUGGAGGCUGUACAAAGUUUAGGAUAUCUGACAUUCCUGCUGUAAACAUUUUUAUCACAUAUUUGCUUGAUAUAAAUGUAUCUUGAUAUGGUGGAAUCAGGUACUUGUCAGUUUUUGGGCUUGUGGAGUUAUUGGUAUCAGCUUAGAACUUGUCCAUUUGUCUUGCUUUUCAUGAAAAUAAUACCCUUUUAUUUUGAAUAGAAGUGGCAAUAAUUGUAGUUGAAGGAGAUCGGGUCACUUGGUCUCAGAGGUAAAAUUACCGUGAAAAUGACUGCCCACGUUUGGUGACUUCCAAAGCUUGAGGGUCCUUGG